AUGGAGACAUACUACGGACACGUCCGCACUCCAGCGGACGCUAUCAUUCUUUUCGAGGCUUGUCGGAUUGGUCUGCUGCCACGAGUACAACGUCGGCUAUCAGAGAAGGAGCGACAGUCGAUUCGCUCGGGCUCAGUAUUCGUCUGGGAUGAGAGGGAAGCGGGUAUGCGACGAUGGACGGACGGCAAAUCAUGGAGUGCGAGUCGAGUCUCGGGCAGCUUUUUGACGUAUCGUGAGAUGGAAGGCAAGCGAGGUGGAGGUGCAGUGCCUCAGACCUCAGUAUCACGACCUGGGAAGACGCCAGAGAGCAGAGGUAGCGACGAUGAUCGAGGUGACGGAACGGACGAAGGCCCCGAUGGAUACCGGUAUAAGCCCGACGGUCUCAUGAAGCAAUCCUUCAGUAUCACCACAUCUACAGGCCAGCACCUCCACCUGAUCAGCUACUACUCUCGCUCUCACCCAUCCGCUGCCAAUCUCCAACAACCAACGACUGACCCCGCUCUCCGACAUGUUCGACCACAGAAAGGUCUGUACCCUGAGUCGACUGUGAACGAUCAGCAGAACCUGCCAGUGGUGACCCGAGGACCCAUGCCUGGCGCUGCCGCCUACCCCAUCACACCUCAUCCCAUGGGCGGUUUCCCCCGGACGAAUCCCGGCCACAGCCAGGCUUAUACUCAACUCCAUCACCCCUGGCCUCCUACCCCGUUGGCCACUCCACCCACGGUUGCAGUGCCAUACCCGGGUGCCUAUCUUCCCCCUGUGGCUGCAGCGAACGGGCCACCAUACGGGCCUCCCCAGCACCAGCCGCCACCUCACCUUCAACAACCCUCGCAUGGUCUGCCGCCGCCGCCUCAUGGAGGGGCAGGCCCCUUUGAUCGAUCCGGCCAUCACGAGCCUGCGCUGCCACCCGCAGGCCCGCCAUCAGCAGGGGCGCCAGCGUACCCAGGGCGAUCGCCACGAUCUCUGCACCAUCCACCACCGGAGCAGAGAAGCCCUCGCAUCUACGGACAAGCCAUCUCAGAUCCGCGCAUGGCUUCACCGAGAAACCCUCCAGGGUCGAUCAUGCAGCCCAACGGAGUAACACAUAGCCCGCAGCUGCCUAAACAGACCCCACCUACGACAGUACGACAACUUGGACCUAUUGGCACGCCUCCCAAGCCCGAACCAGGCCCUGUGCCUGGCAUCGGGUCCCUCAUGAGCGGCACCUCGCUUGCCCCGAUCACUUCGGCGGGACCUCUUGCAAAUGGGCCUGGAAGCCCGCCUGGUGCCCGGCCUCCUGUUCCCGGCGAUGGACCACGGGACAUCCCCAACGACAAGAUCGGGUUCGGAGGAGAGGAUGUGAGAGCUCUUCGCCAGCUAGACCGGGUGUUCAUCUGA